UAUUCGGUUGGAUUUACGUUAUUAGGGCGGGCUUAGUUUUCGGAUACGGAAGAGGAAGGAGCUAUGUUUUGAAAGCAUUGUCAGAAGUUUAGAAAGUUACGAAAAAGGGACUUGUUGAAAUAACUUUACAUUACAUUAUUUACAUAGGGCAGUGAUACUAUUAAAAUACAUCCUAAUUCUAUUUUAACAACGUGCGUGUCACUAAUUGAAGGAAGGCAGUUUGGGAGAGGAAACUAACUUCGGUACGUUGAUAUCUAGCGUGUGCUUGCUUUGACAACUAGUUCAACGUUUUUGAGUUGUAUAACUUGACUUUUACCAAGAUGGACAUACAACACCGGCAGCGUCCGGUCAAACCGGACCAGAGUUUUUGGGACAACCGAAGACUGUGGACCGCAAGGAUUUUCUCCAUGCUCUGCUGUGCUAUGGUGAUGUCGGUCGUUGCAGUAUUCUGCGCCUUUGUUUACCUCAUCUUGAAAGAGAUGCAGAAUGAGAGAGUGAUUGGAGAGGAUGGCUCAGAGGUUAGACUCCUAGGGUUCUGGAGUGUUCUGGUCAUGUCGGUGCUAGCAGGGUUCUGCUGCUGUAGCUUCACAUGGACCAUCACCUACUUUGACUCUUUUGAGCCCGGCACGUUCCCCCCAACCCCCCUGUCCCCUGGCCACCUCAGGCAGGUGACAGGUCACUCCUUGCACAUGAGCUACAGUGUGGCGGUCCUAAAUGGCAUUGUAGCGGCGAUCACCAUCAUCUGGAGCCUUACCUGACCUUACCCACAACCCCCUGUUCUACCUGACCUUACCCACAACCCCCUGUUCUACCUGACCUUACCCACAACCCCCUGUUCUACCUGACCUUACCCACAACCCCCUGUUCUACCUGAUCUUAUCCACAACCCCCUGUUCUACCUGACCUUACCCACAACCCCCUGUUCUACCUGACCUUACCCACAACCCCCUGUUUUACCUGACCUUACCCACAACCCCCUGUUCUACCUGACCUUACCCACAACCCCCUGCUCUGACCCACAACCCUCUCACCUAACCCAGAACCCCUUGUUCUACCUGACUUUACACACAAUCUUUCCCAUGUGUAAGUGUACAUAUCAAGAGAAGCAGUAGAACAUGAUGUGAUACUAUG